GACUCCACACUGAUUCAUCCCCUAUACCCUGCAGGUGGACGUACGGCGCAUGCGCGCUCGCUCCCGCUGGCAAGAGGCGUCGUGAGCGAGCCCGUGAUUACGUCAGUGCGUCCGCUAGCAGCAGUGACGAAGAUACAGAGAUCCGGACAUGGCUUACGCUUACCUCUUUAAAUAUAUUAUCAUCGGUGACACCGGUGUCGGUAAAUCAUGCCUCCUUUUGCAGUUCACAGACAAAAGGUUCCAGCCGGUUCACGAUCUGACAAUUGGUGUAGAAUUUGGUGCACGGAUGAUAACCAUUGAUGGCAAGCAGAUUAAGCUUCAGAUAUGGGAUACUGCCGGUCAGGAAUCGUUUCGCUCCAUCACGCGAUCAUAUUACAGAGGUGCAGCCGGUGCUUUAUUAGUUUAUGAUAUUACAAGGAGAGACACAUUCAACCAUCUGACAACCUGGCUUGAAGACGCUCGCCAACACUCAAAUUCAAACAUGGUGAUUAUGCUAAUUGCCAAUAAAAGUGAUUUAGAAUCAAGAAGAGAAGUAAAAAAAGAAGAAGGGGAAGCCUUUGCCCGGGAACAUGGCCUAAUUUUCAUGGAGACCUCUGCAAAGACCGCUUCAAAUGUGGAAGAGGCAUUUAUAAACACAGCAAAAGAAAUUUACGAAAAAAUUCAGGAAGGAGUCUUCGACAUUAAUAAUGAGGCAAAUGGAAUUAAAAUUGGACCACAGCACUCAACCCCUGGAUCACCUGGAUCGCAUCUUGGAGGGCAGCAAGCUGGCAGCGGAUGUUGUUGAACCUGUUUUUUUCCAUCCGAAAAGCCUGCUUUGGCUAUUUACUUAUUCAUUGGUUAAAUACAUGUACUUUUACCUACUCACCCGCCCUGCCCCCUCCUCCUCCAGUGUUUCAAUGUUCACUUUAAAAAGGAAAGAUUUUGGAAAUUGUAUACAUACCGUAUCUAUUUGCUUUUUGAUUUCUAGGUUUAUUGAUUGUGGUUAUUUGUUUAAAUGUUGUCGUCUUGUUCCCUUAACUAAAGACUGACUUAUCAACACUAAAAAUUUUCAGAGUAUUUUAAAUGGUUUAUGUGGGCACUGUGUUGACAUGUUAAAGGGGCAUGAAAGUAAACAAUAAAAACAUUUGAUAAUACCAUUUUUCCUGUCUACCAACAAAUAAAUAUUUUUUAAAUGAAGGAAAUAAACCCAAUAAAUAAAAUGACAUUAAAAUGUAAAAGGCAUCUGAUCUUUAAUUUUGCUGGCUGAUUGCUGCCUUGUGUAAUAUCUGAAAUGUUCACCUUGUAUGCAUUGCUGCUAACAUUCAUUGACCAAUGAUUGGAACAGUCUGUCACAGAAAUAUGGCAACAUGUAGUGAAAAACUUAAUUGAGGCAUGAAGGUCACAUGUACUUCAUAGUUGCCCCUCAAGAGGAAGAUUUCAUUUGGCAAGGUUUUAUGCUAUAUGAAGAAAGCUGCAAAAUUAAUCAUUUUAAUUAAAAUCCAAAACCAUUUUUAAAAUUGGUAGAUAGGAAGAAUUGGGUAUAAUCAAAAUGUAUUUGUUUCAUAUUUACUCAUGUAUAGUGUGCAUAUUUCCUAAUGUAAUGCUACAAUAUACAUACAAGCAAGAUGUGGGCCAGUCGGUGAGCUGGUAAAUUAUUGGCAAGAAUACACUUAAUUUGCUAUAGUCCUUUUUAUCCUCAAGUAAAACAGCUGUAUUGUCAUUAUCUAACCUAGUGAAAGAAUUCUUUCUUUUUUUUUAAUGCAAAACUGUUUGAGUUAUUCUCCUAUUUGCACAUCAUAUUGUGACUAUGAAGUGAUUAUUGUUCUCUGUGUAAUAUUUUGGGGAUCAUGCUGAUGUAAUGUGUGUAUUAUGCUUGAUAUAUGUAUACUAGCUCUGAGCUUGAAAAGGAUUCAUUGGCAAUGCAGCUGGACAAAACUGAAUUGCAUUCAUCUGUUGAUCUUUUGGGAUAGCGCUUGGUAGUCGGUUACCACCCACCACUGAACUAGAACAUCCUUUCCGGCCAGGACACCUAUGUGGCUUCCUCCUGCUGCAGAAAUCCUCUGGAUGUGUAUGUAAUCUGCACCUCAACGGAAUAAUAAAUAAAAAUAAAAGAGAGAAAAAUGACGUAUACAUGUAUGGAAAUCUUUAUCCAGAGUGCUAGGAAAGUUUAGAAGGAUUAUGUGGCUUUCUAGGGAAUUGAUAGGCUACAUUCUCAUGAAUGUUGGUUCGCUGCCUCAAAUGUGUUGGUCACAGGUGCACUUUAAAUGUCUGAUGCAUUCGGGAUACGACCUAAACGUACAACUUUUGAGGGAGGCUUUGGCACAAAGAAGAUAUGGAGAUGUAAAUAUCACUUGGAUUAUAAAACCCAUGGCUUAUUUUUUGAGUCUGUAACAAAAGAUUUAGGAAAUCGUAUCUUGUAGAAAUCUGGUUAGAUUUUAUUGUGCUAUUUAUUGAGCAUGCUGCAUUGAGGUACUCAGAAGUACCGGAAACGAUAUGUUCAAUAUUUUAUUCUUUCCAUUCUCUGCGGACAGAAAGAUACCCAGAAUUUACUCCCCCCCCCCCCCCCCUCCCCCUAAAAUCACUUAGUUAGUAUGCAGUCAUGAAUUUGUUGACUUAAGUCAUGUCUGUAAAUACAUUUGCUAUUUUUAUAAUACUAAAUGUGUUCCCUCUCAGUACUUUCCCUUUUAGAUCUGAUUCCCGGUAUAAAUCAUGGUUUUCUGAUGCUGAAAAUCCUUUCCUUUGCCUUAUUAUUGUGGUCUGUGUUCACAAUAAAGAUUUUUUUUUCCUGUAGUCUGCUGAAUAUUUAUGAUCAAAGUUUGUUUUUACUAUUUGUGAUACAUUUGUCCCAUCAGUUUAUAUCAUGUGUGUCGGUCCCCACAUACGAGGGAGGAAGCCAUUUUGUAUGCGGAGCUCAUUACAAGAGAGUCCAGUGAUGUCACUGAGGCCUUUAUCAUGGCUCAGUGCUGUCACUAUUUCUUUUAGACUCUUCUCUUAAACAUUGGUUCAGUACACAAUAUGGCUGUCUCUCCACUACAGACGCUGUCAGUACCACAAACUUACUUGCUAGCAUUACAUGCGCAAUGAGUAAAUGUGUCCAUUUUAAUAAAACGAUUUAGAAGCUAUUCUCUUUUACACAAAAAAUUUUUUAAUUCUGUACUUAACAUUGACAUUUUGUAUAUACAGUAUAACAUAACGUGCCUUGGUAUAUAUGCCAAGCUAAGGUUGGUAGAUUUGACCUUUUUACACUAGCUACAGCUAAUAGAAAGUUGCUUCAGGAUUUGCUUCAGUACUGCAUUUUAAAGUUUACGUUUUUGGCAUGUUCAUCCCAGUCCAGUGACUGCUUUAAUGUACAGUAUGUUGUUUGACUUCAAACACGUGUAAAACUAUAAUACCCUUCGCCGUGCCAAUGGUUUGGGAAACCUGUGCCAGUUGGAGGACAGGCUGACAAACAUAAUCAUCUGUUAAGGCAUGAUUGCUUACAAGCUUUUACAUAUGGAAACUAUAUAUUUUUGUUUGUGUUAAACAAUUUUAGUUUUUCAUCUAGAUCUUUGUUCAGGUGGACAUUGCAUUGUGUCAGAAUAUGAUGUCAUAAAUGUAAAACAAAAACUAAAUAAAUUACUUUUUCUUAAUAUUGUAAA